GCCCACAAACUCAGUGUGCCGUGAAACAUGCGGGCUGCUUGCUCAGGCUCGGCUCGGAAAGAGGACGACACUUACCUUAACUCUCUCUCAAGUACUACCAAAGUGUGCUUAAUUGCUAAUUGUGUUUUGGACAGGUAGCCAAGGAUUUAUUUACUCUAAUUGUGGCUGUUUUGUGAAUAUCUUCAAUUUGACUUCCAGAUGCAAGUUUGGAUACAGCGGAAACAGUAGCCGGAGUGUUUGGGUGUUCGAGAGAUAGUGAAGAUAUUGGAAGUGAUUAACACCCGUUUACCUGGAUUUGUAUAUACCUGUAAUUGGAUACCUCAGCUAAUCGCAGCAUCAUGAACAACACCAGCUUGUACGUGUUUUGGUUAUUGACAAUAUUCUGUGGGAUUGCUCUUGCAAGUGUGUGCACGACUAAUGGCCCACUUGGUAUGAUCACGGGGACCAUCAAGGACUGGCAGAUAUCCGCGUCCUCCGUCUACCCGCAGGAGUGGGACCGAGGGUGUAACGAGAAAUACGCACGGGUGUACCUUCCCAACAAACUCGGGUGGUGCGCCAAAUACAAGUCAUCAUCGGAAUGGCUGCAAGUCGACAUGGGAGUAGCGGCAAGGGUAACGGGAGUGAUGACCCAAGGACGUGGUGAUGGUCUGGAAUGGGUGACGUCAUUCAUGGUGUCAUUCAGCAUGGACGCCUUCCAUUGGAACUACGUCACAGAUAACUAUGGCAACCAAAGGAUCUUUGAGGGAAACACUGAUUCCUUUUCUGUGAAGCAUUCCUACCUGGAUAAGCCAAUCAUCGCUCGCUUCGUUAAAUUCCAUACAGUUCAUUGGCACAGGCACCCUAGCAUGAGAGUGGAGAUAAUGGGAUGUCAAUUGUGCAAGGAAUCAAUCGGUCUGCCACCUUACGGGAAGAUAACCUCAUCCUCCAGCCGGAAGUUUCGGAAGAAGAGCUCCUGCCAACCUGAGGAUGGGAAUAUAUUCAGCAAGAAGGCGUGGUGCGCCAAGCAGCAGAACGACAAACAAUGGAUUCAACUGGACGUCGGUCCUCCGACCUUGGUAACAGGGGUCAUCACCAAGGGAAGGGGAGACACGAAGAGGAGUCACUGGGUAGAAAGGUUUAAGGUCUCCUACAGCAACGACACAACGGUGUGGUACUUCUACAAAGACGCUGACCACCUCGACCCUAAGAGUCGAUGGUUGUGGAGUCCACCGUCUAAUACAUCUACUUCGCAUUUAAUCCCUGACAAAUACUCGGAGGAAGGCCUGCUGUUUGGGGGCAACUCUGACAAAAACACAGACAGGACUCACUUCCUCAACUCGCCGUUCGUGUCCCGGUUUGUGAGGUUCCAUCCAAUGGAAUGGCACGGGAAGAUCAGUAUGAGAGUUGGCCUCCUUGGCUGCCCAUACACAGGGGUAUGCAGCAGCGGUUUUAUGAGAAUUAAUGACGACACACCCUGCGUUGAGAACCUUGCCUUCAAGAAGGAAUCCUGGAUCAACAGCAAACGUCAUUACAAACGUCACAUCCGGAACCAGGUCGCGGAAGGUCACGCGUCACGUGCGGUGGACGGUAACCUUGACAUUAACUUCCAGAGCUGCACCAUCCUUGACAACCUGUAUGGCGACAACCCCGUGUGGACCGUUGACCUUGGAAACAAACAAGCGGUGGCUGGAGUCAUUAUCUACACGUGGCAAGGACGAAAAGCACUUGAAAAACGGAUAGCUAGUGGGGAUCCACUGUUUACGAACCAUAAAGGAGAGAGACAAGAAGGCACGUCCUUCCAAGAGUACAUGAAGAAUCUGGACAAGUUGGUUGUGUACGUGGACGAAAAACUCAAAGACGAAGACGACUCCUACGCAUCCGGCAACAUGUGCAACUACGUCAGCAGCCUCAACAACGCUCUGUUCGAGAAGAAACUCAUUCUCCAGUGCAUCCGACGCCAUAUUGGGCGUUAUGUUCUGAUCGAGGCUUGGGGGGUCCCCAAUUCUUGGAGUAGACUCUUCAGUGCGGUUCUGUGCGAGGUUCAAGUUUUCAGUUAAUGUGACGUCAUUAUGACGUCAUCGUGACAUCAGAGACAAUGGUGAUAAUGCUGACUGACGUUCUAUGACGAAGAAAGAGGGUAAAGACUGUUCUUUUGUGAUCUCUACGGAUCGUGAUGUUUAUAGUGAGUGUGUUCAAAUCAGGCGACCGGCAUAAACAUUUCUGUGCGGAGGUUGCUUAACGGAAGUGCUGGCUUACCUCCCUUGCUACAAGGGAGGCGUCAUUAUUUCUCAAGCCGUGAUGGUUUGUAAAUCAGCUCGCAAGUGACUGAAAGCAGGUCUCCUCCAGUGCAUCACAUCGCGAUGAUUGUUCCAAGACGCUUCUAAACCAGCCGUACCGUAGAUUCACUUAAUUAAGUAUCGUGUUGGAAAAAAACAUAUUUCACAUACUGACAAUAACCUGUCCCUCUGCAGACAGUUGACGGAAGGGUAAGGUCGACGUUGCUUGAAAAGAUGUUGCACAAACAGAAGCGAAGCGCGACUUUUGUGAUAUUGUGCAAGGCAGGAUGAUGAUGUCAGAGGACACAUUUACGACGUCGUCUACGACGAGUGGAUACCGUAUUCAAUGUUACUUACAGUUUCGAUUCAGUGGAGCAACAUCAUUGAAGUUUAUUUUAAAAUUUCUAAAACAAAAAUCAUUACUAGAAAUUAUCAGAACUUUGACAGUCCCAACAUUCUCAUAAGUCUUGAUUACAAGGGAUGAGAAAUGUUUUUAAUUAUCAUAAAUAUUUUAUGAUAACAUUUGUCAAUGAUCAAAAGUUAAUUUUGUGGCUCUUUAAGAAAUAUUUUUACACGUUUUGGACUUUCCCCUAAAACAACGUCCCAUCCAGGUUAUGUUGUUGCUCCUCUGCGACCCCUUAAAGAUAUUAUGAAACAAGUACAGGCAUGUAUGUUCAUCCAAAGCAGUGCCAUCGUUUCCAUAGUAACGCAUUUCAUAUUGAAAAAUUAGAAGGAACCUCAUUUUGUUGUAAUUUCAUAGCACUGCCAGUAAUCUUGACUUUGUAUAUAACGAUUUAAGUGUCCCUAGUACUUGGCGCCCAGAAAAAUUAUCACCGAACCGGUUUUACAAAAAGAAUUAUUUUCGGGACAUGUUAGAAGAUAAAACUGUCACGAAACGAAUGUAAUGGGAGGAGCUUCGGGGAGGCUGGUGUUAUUUGAACCCCCUCGUUUUUUUCCGGAACGAACCGAAUGGCCAUUACGGAAAGAGACGAGUGGUGACGAUUGGAGAUAGACCGCUAAAAUUUGAAUUUUCCGAAGGUUCUUGAUGUCUUCAGGCGGAAAAUAUCACUUGAUGUUAUUUAAUGAUGUUAUUAAAUGGUAUCUGAAGUCAUAAACAUGUCAAAAUUUGGAAAUAAUUUCUAAAACGGUUUAUCUGAAUCUUCCCACUCCAGUUCCGGACUGAAAAUCCUGCUCUUCAAAUGACAAAUGUCCCAAUUUCAAGUCAGUGCUGGGAAAUUAUUGAUAGUGACAUUUUCAAGAAAACCGGUUCACUGAUUCUUUUCUCGGUGUAUGGUUGUAUGAGCUCAGGCAGUUCAGACUACACCAGUUAUUUAUUUUCAGUGUAAAUAUUACAGCUUGAAAUAGAGGUCUUCCCCUCACUCGGACUGACCCAAUAUUGUAUAAAUCAUACCUCUGUAUUCAGUGAGUGUAUAGUAUCUAUGCAAUUCAUCCCGCGAUUGUUAUUGUUACCAGGGAUACUUUCAUGUUGCUUGGCAACGAGUGACGUCAUAAAUUUAUGACGUCACAACGGAACAAGAAUGGUCAUGGAGUAGAUCUAAUGGUGUCAAUAUGUUGAAACGGUGUUCAAGAGAAGCCAUUUUCUCAUUGAUGCAAUGGCUGAAGAAUCACGUGAUUACGGAAUCACGUGACCACGCAUUGCCUAGCAACAGCCUUCCAUGACGUAUAGUUGGUACGGAUAUAGAGGUAGACAGUUCCCUUGGUAGGUUGUGUAAUGACUGUUGUUGUUUUCAUUGUUAUUGUUACAACACUCUGUAAGUGUUCGUUAUUCAUGAAAAUACCAAAAUGAACUUUGAAAAAAAACACGUCCUCACUACUUACGAACUUCUUGACGUGUGGGGAUGAUAUAUUUGAAAUAAACUCCAUUAAGUCUUCGACAAAUUCUCUACCUCAGCCGUCUUGGCUUACCUUAGAAACACUGGGAGUAUUGCUUAGUAGUUUCAAUACCGGAAACUGGUGUCUAUACCUCAAGGUCAAAGUUCAUAUCUCAAGGUCAAAGUUCAUGUCUCAAGGUCAAAGUUCAUAUCUCAAGGUAUAGGUUUAUUUCUAGAUGCCCUCGGAAUUUCUGUAAGAUGUGGAAGGCAGGAAAGGAGUUUCCCACUCUCUGCUCCACCCAGUGUCUUAAUAAAUGUAAAGACAUGUGAAGUCCGAUUUCGAUAUAAAGGUCUUGAUGGCGUAAUGGUCCCUGGUCGUUAAAUAAUGGACGCAUCCAAUGAGAUGUCAAUUUGUCCAUUUAAAGUACCUUGAUGCGCAUGUAUUCAACCAUGUCAUAUGAUUGGAUAACUUGUUUAGAUUUUGUGAUCAAUGGUAGAUACUUCGGAGAAAUAUUCUGUGAAAAUGCUGACUUCAAGACGGACGUUGAAUCGAGAAACUUCAGUUCAGUAAUAAAUUAGCUCAGAUUCUUUGUAGACAAAAACACAGGCAUUUACGACAUGUAGCUUAGAAAGACACACCCUGACAUUGUCCACGGUACGUGUUUAGAAUUAGAAUCAAGUCUAGAGAGAAUGAUAAAGGACUAAGAAUAGGCAUUUCAAAACGAUCUGAAUAAUCAUCCAGACGUGCUUUUUUAGAUAAUUUAAAAUCAGUACGAAAUAAUGCCAAAGAGUACAUGCACCUUAGGUUGUCCCGUGUAUGAAUCAUUUAAAAUAUUUUUAUAAUAAUUAGACUGUGAGGUUAAGCUGAAUUCAUAAUCAUCAUCAAAUUAUAAUCAUGUGUAAUAAAUACGAUAAUGGAUUGUAAGAAAGCUAUAAUUGUAGCAUUUCGUAUAUUUGAUAUUUGAGAUAUUUGAGAGGUGUAAAUGCCGAAACCAGGUUUAUUUAUUAUUAUUAUGUGUAUGUUUGUCGGCGGCAGCUUGACAGACGAGACGCCGGGCUACUAGAUAUAUGUUUAUAUACGAUCUUAUGGUAAUUUGAUGGCAACCUCGUUCUGUAUAUCGUUGCCAUGACAACUCUAACACCUGUACAAUUGUACUUCAUUACAAAAUAAAACUUUAAAUUACA